UGUAUAUAUACUUUUCUAGGAUUUUGGACUGUUAGCCCAAUGAUAUGAAACUCUUGUUUUUUUCAAGUUACAAACAAAAAGCGAAGCCCAAUCAGUGAAUGGGUUACUGAAGGCCCAAUAACAGAGAUGAAUCAGAAUAUUCCUUCCACCUCUAUCAGUGCAGCUGGACAGUGACAGUAAACGGAGAGUAACGUUUUCAGUCAAAUAACUCAUUUUUCCGAUAUGAGUUCGCCGGAAAAUGAAACCUCUUGUGGCGUCCAAUCGGGUUUCUGCAAAGAGAAGCAAGCUAAAAAGUGUACAGUUGAGCCAGUAGUCAUUGGGGGUAUGGUGUUGGAUGUAAAUGCAACAUCUUCCAUGCAUGCUAAUCCAAGGACCACCACACCCGGAAAGGUUAUCUUUUCAUUGGGUGGUGUGGCAAGGAACGUUGCUGAUUGCAUCUCGAAGCUUGAAGUGAGACCAUUCAUGAUAAGUGCUGUUGGAUUUGACAUGGCAGGAAAUAUGCUACUGGAACACUGGGAAUCUGCUGGAUUAUCUGUAGAAGGUAUCCAGAGACAUCAGAAUAUUGAAACUGCUAUUGUUUGUCACAUCUUUGAUGAGAAAGGUGAAGUGGCAGCUGGUGUAGCUCAUGUAGAGUCAAUUGAAAAGUUUCUCACUCCAAUGUGGAUAGAAAAGUUCAAGUGCAAAAUAAGCUGCAGUCCAAUAUUGAUGGUUGAUGCAAACUUGACUUCUUCUUCUCUUGAAGCAUCUUGUCAACUGGCUGCUCAGUUUAAUACUCCAGUAUGGUUUGAGCCUGUAUCAGUUGCCAAAUCUAGAAGAGUUGCUUCAGUUGUUCAGUAUGUAACUUUUGCAUCACCUAAUGAAGAUGAACUUGUAGCCAUGGCAAAUGCAGUAUCUGGCAAAGACAUAUUUCAACCAAUCCGGAGAGAUGAUAGUAGUACUAAGCUGUCCAAGGAAUCUUUCUUCCAAACGCUUAAACCUGCUAUUUGGGUUUUGCUAGACAAAGGUGUUAAGGUACUUGUCGUAACACUUGGAUCAGAAGGCGUACUCGUAUGCUCCAAAGCAGAGUUCAAUCUUCAGAGACUUGCUUUCAAGGGAAACCAAUCCCCUUACUUCAGUAAGCAGUUGUAUGAAGCUGUUAGUACAGUUUGCCCAAAGGACAAUAUUUUUGGUGCUUCAAUUUGCAAGCCCAUGUCAAAUCUUUUUGCUGUCCAUUUUCCUGCACUUCCUGCUUCAGUAGUGAGGCUUACUGGUGCUGGAGAUUGCUUAGUUGGUGGAACGAUAGCUUCUUUGUGUGCUGGUUUAGAUGUCAUGCAAAGUAUAGCAGUUGGGAUUGCAGCUGCUAAAGUAGUUGUUGAAGUAGAAAGCAAUGUCCCUGAUGAAUAUUGUUUGGCCAAACUAGCAGAUGAUGCAAGGUCUGUCUACUCCAGUGCCACCAUGCUUCUGUGUCAAUCCAAGUUAUAGGUCACCUAAGUAUGUGAGUUCUAUUGUGUAACCCUAUUGCUUGUCCUUGCUGUAAUCUGAUCCAAAUAAGAAACGGGUCAUCAAAGUUUGUAAACAAAAACUAAGGUAAUUUUUUCUCUUCUACUUAGCUGGGCAGAGUUACUGGUAUUUCAUACUUGUGCUAGUGGAAGGUAGCAAGUAGCCGGCAAAAUAGUUGAAAUGCACAGUAAAGAGAGAAGAGCAUGCAGUUGGAAAUCAUUAUCAGAAACUGUAAUCCAAUAGGAUAAAUUAAAGCCUUCUACAGAUUGUAUGAUUUAACUUCUCCAGUGUACUUAGAAUUGUAUGAACAACGUACAAACACAUCACAAGUCAUUUGGUUACAAAAUUUGUUCAUUCCUUUAUUAUUUGCAUGAGUGAAUCAAAAUCAUCUCCUUCUUCAUCA